CUUCCCUCCCGGGGUUGUGGGUGCUUCAACACUGCAAUUUUUCAAAAAUAGACUGGACAACCAUUUGACUGGGUCCCUGACUGAGCAGGGGGUUGGACAAGAAGACCUCCAGGGUCCCUUCCAGCCCUAGGAUUCUACGUUCUAUGGCACCUGCCUGCUGAGGCCGGGUCAGGGGGUGCUAGCUGCUUCCUGUGCCAGAAGCCUUGCCAACAGUUGGCUGAGCCCUGGGCUGGGGGAUGUAACCCUAACCCUAACCCUUGGCAACAUGUGGCCUAGAUCGCACAACUGGGCACUGCCAUACCUGGCAAAAAGGCCUCUGGCCAGAGUAAAGCCCACAGCAGAGGCACGGAACCCGAGGAAGUCCCUGUGGGGCCGCUGGGAGAAUUUAAAUCCCAUUUGCCAGGCAGCUUCCAGGCGUAUGUCUUGUCAGCAACACCCAGGACCAGGAAAGAAGGACAACUGGGCUCCUUUCAGCCACAAGGGAAAAAGAACUUUUAGCCCAGGAAGCGAGAACGUUCUGGAUCAGCUUGUUUCUGGUUGGAGGUCCUGUUGACCAGAGAUAGUGGGGGAGGGUGUUGGACUCCAGCACAUCUAGAUCAAUCAGGGACCUUGGAGGUCUUCUGCUCAAAUAGGAGACCCUGUACAAUUUGAGACAAAUGGCUGUCCAGUCUCUUCUUAAAAACCUCUGGUGUUGGAGCAGCCACAACUUCUGGAGGCAAGUUGUUCCACUGGUUAAUUGUCCUCACUGUGGGGAAGUUUCUCCUUAGUUCUAGGUUGCUUCUCUCCUUGAUCAGUUUCCAUCCAUUGUUUCUUGUCCUGCCCUCCGGCGCUUUGGAAGUUGACCCCCCCUUCUCUUCUUUGUGGCAACCCCUCAAAUACUGGAAGUCUGCUAUCAUGUCCGCUCAGUCCUUCUUUUCUCUAGAUUGGCCAUACCCAAUUCCUGCAACCAUUCCUCAUAUGCUUUAGUCUCCAGGCCUUUGAUCAUCCUAGUUGCUGUUCUCUGCACUUUUCCCCAAAGCCUCAAUGUCCUUUGUGUGAUGUGACCAAAACGGGAUGCAGUAUUCCAGGUGUGGCUGUACAAAGGCUUUAAAAAGCUUAGAAGGAACCAUGCUGGAGAGAGCUGAGGGGUUUGGCUGCCCCGCCAUCAGUUGUCAUUCCAACUUCAGCAAGGUGCUCCUGCCUGAGGACAUUGUUAAGGGGGGGUGAACUGACGGGGCUCUUUAGUGAAGGGAGAGGGGCCGGACUGCUGACGGUUUUGAGGGGAAACUUCUGUAGUCAUGUACUGCAUUGAGCUUGUGACCGUUCCACUCCAUUUCCUGCCCAGCGCCAGUUGUGGGAAGAAGCUGCAGGACGUACAAUUGUUGAGUUGUCUUCUGAGGCAAGGAACUUUGUGCUGGGAUGCCACCUGUGGCUUGCAUAGCUUGGCCCUGGGAGAGGUCCCUGCUCACAGAACUGCCCCAUGGACAGCCUAGAAGACCAGGGAGAGGUCCAGCCAGUGGCCUCAACAAUGACAUCACAGACAACAGAUUCCACAUCAGAAGGUUGGCGUGGUGCAUCUGUGGGCGGGUGGAGGUGCAGGUAGAAGAAGAGACCCAUAGCUUGCAUGUGGGCAGAGUGAGGAAGCCGGGCAGGGGCACUUUGGGCUGGGAUGAGCAGCGCGCUCUGACUCUGACCGGCCACAGCCAAGGGAGAUCUCUCGGUCCUGCUUGCUACCCGCUUGGCCUUCAUUCUUUUCCCAGAAGAGAGAAGCAAAACUUGGGGGCAUUAUGGUUGAAAGCCAGAUCAUUCCAGGAGUUGAUUUCAGAUCCACCAAAGAGCCACAAGUUGUCCGGAUAAUUGUGAAGACGCCCUGGCAGAAGGAAGAGUUUUUGGUCCACAAGGACAUGCUGGUGAGGGAAUUUAAGGAGCAUGUAGCCCGGCACUUGUCCUCUUCUCCUUCCCAAAUUGUGCUGGUCUACACUGGAAGGAUCUUAAAAGACCACAAGUCCCUCGCCCAGCAUGGGAUCCACCUGGACAGUAAUGCUGCCGUCUACGUCGUUGUCCGAUCCCAACAAGUGUAUCCAUCCCAGCAAAUGCCCACCCUUCCAGCUGACCUGGGUCCAGACCCCAAAGCCCCCAUGAAUGGCACUUUCGCAAGUGAUGGCUUGCGGGAGCUGACGGCCAGUCUGGGCCUGAACACGGCCAAUUUCACAGAAUUCCAGAACCAGCUGAUGUCCAACCCUGACCUGAUGAUGCAGCUUCUAGAGAACCCCUUUAUACAGAGCAAACUUUCGAGCCCCGACCUGAUGAAGAAGCUGGCCACCAAGAGCCCUCAGAUACGGCAGGUGAUCCAGAGGGCCCCCGAGAUCAGCCACGUCUUCAGCUCUCCUGAAGGCAUGAGGUUGUUGUUGGAGCUGGCCAGGAACCCGGCUGCUGUGCGGGAAAUCAUCAAAUCCCCACCCCAGGCUCAGCCUUGUCCUGGGAGUGUCCCCAGUGGAGACGGCAACACGGCCUUGCAGGAUGUGCUGACCAAGGUGCAGGGUCUGCUGCAGAAGGCCCUCCCUAAGAGAUCGGCCCCCACCGUCUGGUCAGGAGCCCUGGGAGGCCACCAGCCCACCUUUGACCAGAGUGAGAAGUCUGGGCGGGUCAGGCAGCAGCUGCCUUCCCCCAAACUGUGGCCCCCACGGUCUAGUGGCCAGAACGUUGGCACGGCUGCUGGCAACGACCACAACAGAGGGGAAAGUGGCAACUUGCGAGGGGAGACAGGCCAGCUGGCCUCAGCAGCGGUGAAGACCCUGUUCCACCAGAUCAUCAAGCACCUCAUGCAGAGCAUGGCGAGCAGCCCUUCCAGAAACCCCACCGGCCAGGGUCUCAGCUCAGAGGUGGUGGGCAAAGCUGCCCAGAGGUCCAUGGCCGGAUCCAGAAACUCCCGGGAGCAGAUUCUGGCCCUCUUGCAGCAGAUUCAAAACACAGAUGUCCUUCUGGCAAGCUGGAGCCCUAAAGAGAUCCGGGGGCUGAUGGAAAUUCAGCAGAGGCUGCAGGCCUUGGCGACCGAUGAACCGGUGGCAGAGAGUUGCAGCCGAUCAGAGCAUCCUGCCCGGAGGUCGUAUUCCAUCACUUCUCUCUGUGAUAUUGUGCCCCCAUCUGGCCCAGGGGAUGAGGAGGACUUCUCUGCUCCCGAGAUCUGGCAGAGCCUGGCGGCGGAUGACUUCUUCUGCAGCCCCCCACUCGGUGUCCGCCUGCGGGGCUGCUCGGUGCAACAACCCCCUUCGAAGCAGCAGACAUACAAGCUCUGAAGUGUCGGGGCUGAGCCCUUGGCAGAGUGGAUGGGGCCCUUUGGGGGCAGCUUCUGGGCGGA